AAUAUAAAAUCUCACAGUUAAAUGUUUCUACCAGAUUGAGGACGACCGCAGAGAAGAUAGCAUCGGAAAACAAACACUUACAGGACUAUGAGACUUUACAUCCUUUUCAGUUUUCUUCUCUUGGCUGUGAUUUGCAGCUGCCGUGUUGAUGCUAGUCAAGUGAAAUUUGGCCCCCUCUGCAGUGGGAACUCAAGUAACCGCAAAAGAGGAUGUGAUACGAAGUAUGGCUGUGGAAGCUACGGGGCCAGCCGAGACAGUGGAAAACGGAAACAUGGGGGUCUAGACAUUGUGUGUGCUGAUGGAGCCACAGUUUAUGCUCCAUUUGAUGUUACGCUGAACGGCAAAGCUGCACCAUACACAAAGAACAAUGCUAUCAAUGAUGGCAUUAACUUGAGCGGAGAAGGUCUCUGCUUCAAGCUGUUCUAUGUUAAGCCGGACAGUUACUCUGGGACCCUGAAGAAAGGGCAGAAGAUCGGAACUCUGCUCCCAAUGCAGACGGUUUAUCCUGGAAUCACUUCCCAUGUUCACGUUCAGAUGUGUGACAAAUCAGAUCCCACCAAGUACUUCUGAUGAUGAUGGAGCGGAUGACCACCUGCAAACCACUUCAGAGUCUUCUGCCAUUUAUA